AUGGAUCUCAGUAGCACCUUUGUCUGCCCUUCACCAGUGUCUCUCUUCUCUCUGCCUGGGCUGCUUAAGGACUCUGCUUACAUUGACUUUGACUCAAGACUGGGGAAUGAACGCAAGAAUUUUGUUCCCAUGCUCCCAAACCACUGCAAGUUGGCUAUUGACAACAUUGCAUCUCCUCUCUGUAUUAAUCAAAGUUGUUUACCCAAUGAUGCCGCAGAAGAGACAUCAAAUGAUUACAUGUGCUUGCAAUCAGAACAAGAAGAUGGUAAUUCCCAGGACAGUGGACUUGGGUUGGAAAAAGAUAAAGACUCAUUUCAGUUUCUGCCACCUGUGGGCAUGCCCCCACGCAAAGUCAAAAUAUUUGAUGAGGAUACAUGUGAGCCCAUAAAAUAUUCUCCAUGCAAAUCUCAACGAUCCUUCUCUGCAUCUCUAAUAGACAAAGAGGAAAUUGAAUUCUUACAAAGUGAUCACAGUCCUAACAAACCAACCCAAGGCACAUUUACUGGGGAGCCAGCUGAUGAUGGCUUUUCAGAUCAUCUAGAAUCCAUGGAUAUGCCAGAGAGCUCUGCUGAUAUGUCAGAUGGUAUAAAGAGCUUAAUGGAGGCUCCUCUUAGCUGUGCCCCUGUGGAAAGGACAGACAUAAUGUGUGAUAACGUCAGGUCAUCCAUGGACGACACUCCAACUGCAAUGCGUAAAGGUAUGAACCGUUCUCAGUCUUUUGACAUUCGUCGGAGAUCCUCUUCAAAGAGAGAUCGAAUAAGUGAUGAAAACACACCCAUACUGUCUAAGCGUAGAAAGCCAUUCUUCAAUAAAGCACCAUCACAAAUUGAUGUUGCUCCUAUUGUACGGUACCAAAGAAGUCAUUCUGAAACUGAGGCUCAAAUCAAAUCUGCAGUGCACAAAAUUAUCCAAAAUCCUCAUUUGAUUGGAGAUGGUUCAAAGCCUUACUGCCUCCCAACAAUUCCUGGAAAGCAUAAAGAUCUGAAAUCUAUUACCCCAGACACAAUGAGACGUGUGUUACGUGGAGAAUACAAUAACAUAAUUGAUUCUUGUAAAAUCAUUGAUUGCCGAUAUCCUUACGAGUUUAAAGGAGGACAUAUUAUUAGUGGGCAAAAUGACUAUACAAAAGAGAACAUCAUGAAAAAUUUCCUAGAAAAUCCCCCAGUGUUGGAGGAUACGAAUAAAAGAGUAGUUCUGGUUUUCCACUGCGAGUUUUCUUCAGAGCGGGCACCAAAACUAGCUCGUUUCUUAAGAAAUAUGGAUCGAUCUGCCAAUAAAGAUUGCUAUCCUUCUCUCUAUUAUCCUGAAAUCUACAUUCUUGAUGGAGGCUACAAAGCAUUUUUUGAAAGUGGAACAGAAAUGUGUGAGCCACCCAAUUACAAACCAAUGUUGCAUCCGGAUCAUUCAUCAGAUUUAAAACAUUUCCGUGCAAAGUCCAAAUCUUGGGCAGGUGAACGGGCUCCUCGAACAGGACUGAGACAAUUAAACUUUUAA